UCUACUUGAUGCCAAAGUUUCAGUGCAGAUUCCUACCACCUUUUUUUCCUGCCGAAAACACUUCCUGGUUCGAGAUCCAAGUGCAGGGAGCGUUGUCGGUAGAACGGCAAUGGAAGGCGCACAGGGAGUCCGCUUUCUUUGCUUUAUUUCUUUUACAUUGUAAAAACUUUUACUUUAUAUGUAUAUAUAUUUUUUAAAAGACGAUUUGUUGCAAGUUGCCUGCUCUCCAAUGUGUUUUUGGCGCGGAGGUUAAAUAAGCAGCGAUACCAUGGGGAAUUUCAUUCGGACUCACUGUGUUUGGCUGAAGUGCAUUUGCCCGUGUGUUUUCAAGAAAUCCAAGCCCAACGAGUCGGAGUUGGCGGUAACGGCGGCCAGCGGCAAUGCCACACUCCCCUCUCCGCUGCCCAUGGAACCGGCUCAGAAGACGUCGACGAUCGGCAACAAGCGCAAUAUCUACGUGGCUCUGUACGACUACUCGGCUCGCACGUCCGAGGACCUGAGCUUCGAGGCGGGCGAAAGGCUGGAGGUGAUCGAUCAGUCGCUGGACAACUGGUGGCUGGCCCGCUCGCUGAAGCGAGGGGGAGGCAGGCAGGGAUAUAUCCCCAGCAACUACGUGGCGCCCGACCGCAGCAUCGAGGCAGAGCCAUGGUUCUUCGGAGGGAUAAAGCGUGCUGAUGCAGAGAAACAGCUGAUGAUGGUGGGAAACAGUCCUGGCUCCUUCCUUGUCCGAGAGAGUGAAAGCAAACUUGGUGACUACUCUCUCUCAGUUCGUGAUGGGGACAUAGUGAAACAUUAUAAAAUCAGGAAGUUGGACGAGGGAGGUUUUUUUAUUGCACGAAGAGCAACAUUUCAAACGCUGGCUGAGCUGGUCAACAACUACAUGAUGAACCAAGACGGCUUGUGUACCAAACUUAAGGCUCCAUGCAGGAAGGCAGAAACACCAGAUACGGUUGGAUUGUCUUACGAUACUGUGGAUCAAUGGGAAAUCCCUCGUAGCUCUCUGAAACUGGUAAAGAAAUUGGGUGCUGGAACAUUUGGAGAAGUGUGGCAAGGAGUUUGGAAUGACAGAACCCCAGUUGCCAUAAAAACACUAAAGACCGGAAUGAUGGCCAAAGAGGACUUCCUAAGGGAGGCACAAAUAAUGAAGUCACUGAGACAUCCCAAGCUAAUUCAGCUGUAUGCUGUGUGCACCGUCGAAGAGCCAAUUUACAUUAUCACUGAAUUAAUGAAAAAUGGGAGCUUGCUUGAUCAUUUACACAAGAACCAGAAGUCAAGCUUGACCGUAACUGACCUACUGGAAAUGUCUGCACAGGUAGCUGCAGGAAUGGCAUAUCUGGAACUUAAAAGUUAUAUCCAUCGGGAUUUAGCUGCCAGGAAUGUUCUGGUUGGGGAGAACAACAUCUGCAAGGUAGCUGAUUUUGGACUUGCCCGAGUUUUUAUGGGAGAUGAUGAAAAUGUUUAUGAAGCAAGAGAAGGAGCAAAAUUUCCUGUAAAGUGGACUGCACCGGAAGCCCUCCACUCAAAUAAAUUCAGCAUCAAAUCGGAUGUCUGGUCCUUUGGAAUACUGCUGUAUGAAAUUAUCACUUAUGGAAAGAUACCUUACCCAGGAAUGACAAACCUUCAAGUUGUCCAGGAGUUGGGGAAAGGAUACAGAAUGCCAUGCCCUGCAGAAUGCCCUUUACCACUAUAUGAAAUCAUGUUGGAAUGCUGGAAAGAGAAUGAUUAUGAACGACCAACGUUUGAGACCCUCCAGUGGAAGCUGGAGGACUUCUUUGAGACCGAUCUUUCAGCGUACACAGAUGCCAAUGUUUUUGUUAGUUAGUGUUGGCAAUUUUUCUGGUAACUUUUCUUACAAUGAAUCGAAUUGUUUUUAACAUUCACAUCUUGACAUCUGUAAUAUAGUUUAUUGGCUUAGAUUUAGGCCGGUAUGUGUGUAUGUCAUACCACAUGUCAUACAUGCUCUAGCCUUUAGGCUAUAAUGAAUUCUAUCUCAUUGAACUUAAUUUGCACAUUGUUUUAUGAAGAGAGGGAGAGAUACAGCAUGUUAACAGGCCCUUCUGGCCCAAAAAGCCCGCAUUGUCCAAUUACACUCAAAAGACCAAUUAAACUACUAACCUGUCCAUCUUUUGGAAUGUGAGAGGAAACCAGAGCACCCAGAGGAAACCCACAUGGUCACGGGAAGAACGUACAAACUCCUUACAGACAGUGGUAGGAACUGAACCCCAGCCUUAUGGCUGACAGUGUAAAGUGAUUGUGCUGACCACUACGCUACCGUGUCAUUUUUUUGAAGGAAGCAUAUCAAACCUUGUUGCUUUCAUAAGUAGCCGGACUGAUGUCACUGAAGUGGACUGUAUGGAUGAAGAGGCCAAUCAGUACUCCGUGGAUUGGGAAGGAAAAUAUUUCAGUUUGAAACAUGCUGAGAUAAAGCAUAUGCUCAGAUGUUUGGUGAGAACCAGCUGCAGUGUUUUCUCCAAGAGCCCAUCUAUUCUUCAACAUGACAAUGAUUUUGUGGGCCACUUUCCAGAAAGUGAACCCCUAGCCAUGAGAGUGGGGUGAGGGGCAGUGUUUCAGAAUGAUAUGGAAGGAAUAAUAGACAAAUUGGUUAUUAGCUGUGUUAUUUCUGGAGAUAUUCUUAAAAAAUCCUGUUCUGACACCAACAUCUGAACUGGAAGAAUAUAAAUUUUCUUCAUACCAGUCCUAAAAUGUGAAGUCGGCUCCAGUGGGCAGGGCAGAUGAGACCUACAGUGAGAUGCAACAGCCAGGAAGGCAGUUCAGGGCACGACAAGGCACAGAAGAUGACAUGCUCAUCCACUGCAUCCAAGGAAGCCCCCAGUUUGUGACACUUGUUUGUACCACUAAAAAAAAGAGCACUAAUCAUUGAAGGAGAUAUGAAUCAAAAUCCAUUGACAGAUAAGCAAUGAAGGACGAAUCAUUAUUUUCUCUUCUUCUGAUAACUCCGGGACCUCUGAAGUUGUGAGAGUGGAAGUGUCCCAGUGCAACGGGUUUUCCACUUUAAAAACUCUCCCGCACAGGUAUCCUGUCAUCGUUGGACACGAUGGAAUGCCACCGUGGACUGCAUUGGAAAAGAAAAUCAGGUCGGGCAAAUAACGGAUACACAAAUGUUUUUUUUGCUGCCCCACCAGAUUAUUGCGAAAAUGAAAACAAUUUGCAUUUACUAUGAUAUAAUGCAUAUUUAAGGUGCGAUUAUUCAGUCUUGCUCAAUUUCAUUCCUAUAAUUUUUGCCAAAUUUUAUUAGGCUCUCUCUGAAUGAUCUCAAAUUUUACCUUCUGCGGGGAAAACAUGACAUACAUAAUUUUAGUGAGUAUCAUAACUAGAUAUAUAGUUAUCAGAAGAAGAGAAAAUAAUGAUUCGUCCUUCAUUGCUUAUCUGUCAAUGGAUUUUGAUUCAUAUCUCCUUCAAUGAUUAGUGCUCUUUUUUGCUAUAUGUAAAUACAGAAACAUUUGGUAAUACUGGUCAUUUAACUAAAACAUCAAGAUCAGGUAAUUACAGAAUCCAAUUCUAUUACAAUUGGUGUAGUAUUUAAAAUGCCUCCAAAGAAUGUAUAUAAUUUUACAUAAUAGAAUUGUUUGCAGAUGAGUGUAUUUUUAUUGUGUGAUUUGCAAUGUAUAUAUCGGUAAACAUAUGAUGAAAAUUGAGAUACUAGCAAUCAUAUCCCUUAUAAGUUUUAAAUGAGAAAAUUAUUUAAACUUCCUCUCUUUUUCAGGUUGCAUUUUAAAAUCUCUGGGUUAGUAUCAAAAUCUACUCCAACCCCUGAUUCAAAAUUUCUGGUUUAUUGCUUGAUGAAGAAAAUGGUUCAAUUGUUCAAUAGUUCCAUUUAAUAUCAGAGAAUGUAUACAGUUUAAAUAUAGACAUUGAUUUGGCCUCCACACCCUUUGUGGCAAUGAAUUAGGCAGAUUAACCCACCCACUGGCUAAAGAAGUUCCUCCUCAUGAAUGUCCUUGUAUUCUGAGACUGCGUUCUAUGGUCUUAGAUUCUCCCACUAAUGGAAACAUCCUCUCUGCUUCUACUCUAACUAAAAGGCAUCCGUUAGUCUUGCGAGACCAUGGAUCUGCGCCUGGAAAAUCUUCACUCUCCAGGGCGCAGGCCUGGGCAAGGUUGUAUGGAAGACUGGCAGUUGCCCAUGCUGCAAGUCUCCCCUCUCCACAACACCAAUGUUGUCCAAGGGAAGGGCAUUAGGACCCAUGCAGCUUGGCACCAGUGUCGUUGCAGAGCUAUGUGUGAUUAAGGGCCUUGCUCGAGGACACAACACGUUCCCUUGGCUGGGGCUCGAACUCACGGUCGCUAGUCCAAUGCCUUAACCACUUGGCCACAUGCCCACCUACUACUCUAUCUAGGCCUUUUAAUAUUUGGAUAAUUUCAACGAGAUCUUUCUUCAUUCUUCCAAACUUCAGUGAGUACAGGCCCAGACCAUCAAACACUUUCAUACGUUAACCCUUUCAUAUCUGAGAUCAUUCUUGUGAACAUCCUCUGGACCCUGUCCAAUUCCAGCACAUCCUUUCCUAGAUAUGGGGCCCCAAACCACUCAGAAUAUUUUAAAUGUGGUUUGAUGAACACCUUAUAAAACUUAAUGCUUUAAUUCUUUAGCUUUCUUUGACUCAUCAGUCCAAAUGAAGAGACUUGGCCCGAAGAGUCAGCUCCUUAUUCCUCUCAUAGGUGCUGCCUGACCUGCUGAGUUCCUGCAGCAUUUUGUGCGUGUUAAUGCUAAUUUAAAUUUAGAUUUUUUAUGAUAAAGGAAAGAUGUAGCUGUCAUGAUUUUCUGUUUUGUAUUUUGAUUAAUUCACAGCUUUAGCUGCUUUCUAGUGGUAAGAGUGCCAAAUAAUAGACCAUGGAACUAUGAUGAAAUGAUAGAGCAGACUCGAUGGGCCAAAUAGCCUAACUCUGCUCUUAAUGUCCUGUGGUCUUAUGGUCAAAACUCAGCUGCUGAAGCAGGAUACUUAGGCUCCAGGUUCCUGGCAUCUGAACUUCAAAUUCGAUUGAGUGCAAUCCCAAAUUAUUGUCCCAGGACAAGUAGAAUGGAAUGGAGAUUGUAAUGUGCUGUGCUGUGGAUUCAUACAUACACAUUAUGGAAUUGAGUGAAAAUUUAUUUGAUUACUUUUGGCAAUAUGAACUGAAAAAUAAUCUUCCUUAAGGCACGGUAGCAGUAAUGAACUCUAUAUGUAUACACUUGCCAACAUGAAGAUCUGAUGGGUGAUUGAUAGCCGUGACCUUCGGACUUAUCCUUCAGAUAUCCCACUUCUAAUUAGUUUAGCAAGACUGUACUCUCAUGUGUCCAAUAUUACUUGAAUAAUACAUUAGUCUCUUUUUUCAUAUACUGUCAGUUUUGGUAAGAGGAAAAUUGCUAAAUUAGCUAUUUGAUCCAUUGAACAGUAAAUUAUAUUUCUUUGCAGGUAAGAUUGAAUAUUCAAAUAGUAAUAUUGCACACUGAUUGUACUACAGAAUGCUUAUGGCAAAAUUUAGUCAUGUCAAAUUAUAAGUAAGGAACUGCUCCAUAAAUUUAUCAGGCCCCAAGAUUACCGUAUAGGAUUGCAGUGUAUGAAAACUUAGUUUGAAAUUCCUUUAUCAGCUAUUUCAGAGGAGUUGUGUAAUUUAAAUGGGUUAAUGCGGUCCAAUAAAUAGCAGAGAUAAUUUGAAAAAGCAUAUGCCACAUUUUAACAACAGAGUCAAGAUUAAUGGAAAGAUCUUUUUAACACAUUCAGAAUAUUAAUGUUGAUCAGCAGCUCAUGGUACGGUUAUUUAAUAAUUUUACUGUUUCUUUCACUUUAACCAAUUAGCUGACACAUUGUUUAGCAUUCAUAGGCUGUGUAGAUCAAUUAUGUUGAUACAAUUUAAUCAUGCUUCACAAUUUAUUAAAAAAUCUUUGGCAAUGAUAGGUUCAAUUUUUUUGUUUGGAAUUGAAGUCCCGAUGAAUUUUGUAUUAUGACAUGUGCUUUUGGAGAUUUAUUUUUUAAUAAUAUAUUUUUAAAAUCUGACAAUAACAUAUGCUAAUAAUGAACAUAUGCUUCAAAUGAAAUCUUGUAGUAUUUCUAUUUUCUGUCAAUAAUAAAAUGUUUUUUUGUAA